UCGGAUGGGAGUGUUCUUCCUCCUGGCGCCAGGCUUCUGGUUCAGCUUUUAUUGCUGAGGAAGUAGGAAGUUGGCCUCUUGUGCUGUCCCCGUGGGCUCUGCUGUGGGUUGAGUACUUGGCAGCCACGCCAUGACUGCAGUGACCUAUGAUGAUGUGCAUAUUGACUUCACUUGGGAGGAGUGGACUUUGAUGAAUCCUUCCCAGAAGAAUCUCUACAAAGAUGUAAUGUGGGAGACCUACAGAAACCUCACUGCUGUAGGCUACAGUUGGGAAGACCAUGAUAUUGAAGAACAUUGUCAAAGUUCUGGAAGACUUAGAAGGUACAAAGAACAUCAUAUUGGGGAGAAAACCUCUGAAUAUACUCAAUGUGCAAAAGCAUUUUUAUACUACAGUCAUCUUCAGAAUAAUGAAAGUAUUCAUACUGGAGAGAAACUCUACGGUUGUAUUCAAUAUGAUGAAGCCUUUUCACACAACAGUAGUCUCCAAAUACAUAAAGAAACACAUAUUGGAAAGAAAAUCUGUGAGAGUAAUCAGUGUGAUAAAGACUUCACAAGUCAUGGUCAUCUUCAAAUGCAUAAAAGAACACAUACUGGAGAGAAACCCUAUGAAUGUAAUCAAUGUGGGAAAGCCUUUGCAUGUCCCAGUAGACUCCAAAGACAUGCAAGAACACAUACUGGAGAGAAACCCUAUGAAUGUAAUCAAUGUGGUAAAGCCUUUUCACAACACAGUACUCUCCAUAUACACAAAAGAACACAUUCUGGAGAGAAACCCUACAAAUGUAAUCAAUGUGAUAAAGCCUUUUCACAACACAAUACUCUCCAUAUACACAAAAGAACACAUUCUGGAGAGAAACCCUACAAAUGUAAUCAAUGUGAUAAAGCCUUUUCACAACACAAUACUCUCCAAAUACACAAAAGAACACAUUCUGGAGAGAAACCCUACAAAUGUAAUCAAUGUGAUAAAGCCUUUGCAUAUGCCAAUAGUCUCCAAAGACAUGAAAAUAUACAUUCUAUAGAUAAACCCUACAAAUGUAAUCAAUGUCAUAAAGACUUUGCCUGUGCCACUACUCUCCAAACACAUGAAAGAACACAUUCUGGAGAGAAACCCUACAAAUGUAAUCAAUGUGAUAAAGCCUUUUUACAACACAAUACUCUCCAAAUACACAAAAGAACACAUACUGGAGAGAAACCCUACAAAUGUCAUCAUUGUGAUAAAGCCUUUUCACAACACAGUUAUCGCCAAAUACAUGAAAGUACACAUACUGGAGAGAAACGCUACAAAUGUAAUCAAUGUAAUAAAGACUUUUCACGACACAGUCUUCUCCAAAUACAUGAAAGAAUGCAUUCUGGAGAGAAACCCUACAAAUGUAAUGAAUGUGAUAAAGCUUUUGCAUGUGCCAGUAGUCUCCAAAUGCAUGAAAGAACACAUACUGGAGAGAAACCCUACAAAUGUAAUCAAUGUGAUAAAGGCUUUUUACGACACAGUUGUCUCCAAAUACAUGAAAGAAUACAUUCUGGAGAGAAACCCUACAAAUGUAAUCAAUGUGGUAAAGGCUUUGCAUGUGCCAGUACUCUGCGAAAACAUGGAAGAACACAUUCUGGAGAGAAACCUCACAAAUGCAAUCAAUGUGAUAAAGCCUUUUCACAACACAGUUAUCUCCAAAGACAUGAAAGAACACAUACUGGGGAGAAACCCUACAAAUGUAAUCAAUGUCAUAAAAACUUUUCACGACACAGUCUUCUCCAAAUGCAUGAAAGAACACAUUCUGGAGAGAAACCUUACAAAUGUAAUCACUGUGAUAAAGGCUUUGCAUGUACUGGAGAGACAUCCUACAAAUGUAAUCAAUGUGAUAAAGGCUUUUCACAACACAGUAACCUUUAAAUUCAUGAAAGAACACAUUCUAGAGAAAAACCCCAUGAAUGUAAUCAAUAUGGUAAAGCCUUUGCAUGUACCAAUAGUUUCUGAAGACAUGAAAGAACACAUACUGGAGAGAAACCCUACAAAUAUAAUCAAUGUAAUAAAUGCUUUUCACAACACUGUCAUCUCCAAAUACAUAAAAGAACAUAAUCUGGAGAGAAACCCCAUGAAUGUAGUCAAUGUGAUAAAGCCUUUGCAUGUGCUUAUAAUCUCUGCAUACAUAAAGGAAUUCAUACUGGAGAGGAACCUUACAAAUGCAAUCAAUGUAAUAAAGCCUUUACAUGACACAUAUCCAAAUACAAAAGGAAUGCAUUCUGCACAGUAACUAUGAAUUAAAUGAUUGUGGUAAAACCUUUGUCUCAACCAUCUCAGAAUAGAUAAAGGAAUACAUACUGGAGAUAAACCCUAAGACUAAUCAGUGUGGUAAAGCCUUUGCAAUUCAAGGUCAUCUUCAAAUACAUAAAAGAACAUAUAUUGGAGAGAAACCCUAUGAAUCUAAUCAAUGAGAUAAAGCCUUUUCAAAACAAUCACCUCCAAAUCCAUAAAAGAACACGAGAGAGAAACUGUAUGGAUGUUUCAAUGAGGUAAAACCUUGGAUGUGCCAGUAGUCUCUGAAUACAUAAAGGAACUCAUGCUAGUGAGAAGCCCUUCAAAUAUAAUCAAUAUGAUAAAGCCUUUUCAUAACACAAUCCUUUCUAAAUACAUGAAAGAAUAAAUUCUAAAGAGAAACCCAGUGAGUAAAAUUAAUGUGGUUAAGCCUUUACAUGUGCCAAUAGUCUCCAGAUAUAUAAAAGAACAUAUAUUGGAGUGAAAUCCUGUGAAUGUAAUCCAAGCCUUUUCACAACAGACCAGUCAAGUGCAUGAAAGAACACAUACUGGAGAGAAAACCUAUGAAUGUAAUCAAUGUGGUAAAGCCUUUGCAUGUGCAGGUAGUCUCUGAAGGCAUAAUGAAACACAUACUGGAGAGAGAACCUACAAAUGUAAUCAAUAUGGUAAAGCCUUUGCAUGAAUCAGCAGUCUUUGAAAUCACGAGAAAAAAAUCACACUGCAGAGAAACCCUAUAAAUGUACUGAAUGUGGUAAAGUUCUGUAGUUUAUGUUAGUUAUGUUUGUCUGUUAAAGCCUUUUCAUUUUACAGUAGUCUUUGAGGGCCUAAAAAAAUAAUAUUGAGGGAAAUAUGGCCAUAAAGGUUUUGGUAAGAUCUUUACCCAACAGACUUACAUUCAGUUACACUAGAUUACUCUGGGGAAAAUAUUUGACAAGUGUCACCAAUCUGUUCAAGCAUUAUGAUGUCCCUCUUUAUUUUAUUUGCACCUUCAAACUCAUAUGGACCAAAGACCUAUGAAUUUAAAUGAUGAGGUAGCACUUUUCUGUUCUACAGAAAUUCUCAUCAAUUACAUAAAAUUAAGGCAUCCAGGUAUAAAACUUGAUGUGUAUUAGUUGCUUUUCUGUUGCUGUGAUAAAACAUUAUGUCUAUGUCAACUUGUGGAAUAGUUGGCCCUUGGAUACAGAAAGAUACAGGAUCACCAUGAAAGUGGCAUGGCAAUAAGUAUCAAACAUGGCAGCUGAAGCAGGAAGCUAAGAACUCACAUCAUCCACCUGUGGCAUGAAGGUGAAAGUGGGAACUGGAAAUGGUGUGUGGAUGUGAACUCAUGUUUACCCCCAGGGACUUACUUCUUCCAGCAGGACAAGCAUUACCUAAAGCUCCCCAAAUUGUGGGAGGGCUCCCACAACCCCCACAUUUCCCCAGAGUGCUCUUGAGUGUCAGCAGCAGAAAAUGUUAGAUAGAAGGAUUUCGAGUGGGGAGAAACAGAGAAAAUACAGGAUAGCCUCAGGAGGGCCUGGAACCUAUUCCAAUGGGCACCAACUGUUUCUGCCCUAGGGUAUUCACAGAAAUGCCAAGGAUUGGAGCAAAAGACCUCCCCCAGCACAGCUCAGUGCAGACCAUC